GGUGUUUCCAAAAAAUGGUUCGAAAGAAAUCUUCCGGCGCUCAAAACCGUGCUAAAGCUACUAAAAAAGUAGCAGAAGAAGCAAAAAAUAGACAGACUUUAGAAGAUAUGGGAUUUAUAACAAUAACGCAGACCAAAGAAAAUGCCUCUUUUCCAGAUCUCUCUUAUAAUGACCAUGACUCCCAGUCAGUCUAUGAGUGCCAAAAGGAACCAAUUAGCUCUUCUCCUCUUUUAAGAUCACCUGCUGCACUUAAAAUGUGCAAUUUGCAAGGCUGUGGAUCAGUGGGGAUCUUAAACAAUUCACCUGAAGCUGAGCUAAAUGAAUUUCAAAGUGACUCAUUAGAGUCAGAAGGAAGAACCUUAUCCAACAGGGAAGAAUGUAAUGCUCAACCUGAUUUGGUAACAAUUAAUGAUGACCCCUCUUUGUGGCCAGUUGUUUUAUGUCAAAAAGAUCGAGAUGUAAUCAUUUUAAAGGGACCCCCUACACAUUCUUUGAAGCAACGAGACUAUCCCCGUGAUUCUAAGAAAAGAAUUUUUCUUUUGAAUGUGUUUUAUCAAUCUUUGCUUAAUAAGGAAAAAGUAGAAAGAGACUUUUUGGGAAUCGUCCUUCUUCGUUGGAACGGAGGAGCUAGAGAUCAAUGGAGGAAACUCAUAGAUCGUGUGAAGCAGCAUCAAUCCAGCUCAUUGCACCAAAAGUUCUACAUGGAUUGGAAAGACGCAUACGCUCGUCUUACCAGUUCCACUGGUAUAGAUUCAGAGCUCCAGAAGCAAAUCAAUUCUGAAACAGGUAAAUGGAGGACAAUUCUUCGUGGAAUUUUGGAUGUGAAUCUUUUCUUAGCUUCUAGGAAUUUAGCUUUUCUAGGUGAAACAACACACGUGAAUGGGAAAGGAAAUGGAAACUUUCUUGCCGGUACGGAGCUUAUCGGUCGCCACAACCCCGUCAUUCUAUCUCACUUGGAAGAUGUAAGACGCCAUCAACCAGAGGGCUCCAGAAUGAGUGCUCAUUACCUCUCUCCAUCGUCUCAAAAUGAGUUCAUCAAAGAAUGUGGUGGUGUUAUCUGA